AUGCCCAAUACCGAGAUUGUAUCCUUACCAAGCCUCAGAAUCUUUAAGCUUGAGUAUGUUAUAUUUCCUAGUGACUGGGUCUUCGAGCUCCUUAUCUCGCAAUCCCUCCUCCUUGAGCGAUUGACAGUCAAGCAGAAGCAUGAAGACAAUCUAAAAAUACUCUAUGUACACUCGAAAUCGUUUCUUAGCUUAUGUUUUGUGGGACUGCAAGAGUUCGAUAUUGAUGAAGUAGUUACCCUUUGGAUUGAUGCUCCCAAGCUGCACUACUUGAGCAUUGUGAGGGAUGCAACGAAUUGGUUUAAAACAAAGGGCUUUGGGGCACUUGUAAAGCUUGACUUAGACACCAACUUCAAUCUGACUUCUUCAGAUUUGAAGUCAGAUGAUAUAUCCAAAGGGUCAUCUCAUACUCUCUUGAAAUGGAGGGAAACAAUUGUAUAA